AUGGCCACUCUCAACUCUCUCAAGCGGGCUCUAAGACAGAAAGCGGCGACCGCAGUGUCAUCAUCAAAGCAGUCGCUGUCAGACACACGGUAUAGCGAUGGCUUCGAUAUCUUUGUACGAGGCUCGGGCUGGUCGAUUUACCAAGAGUUCAUUAUUCCCCAACUGACCGAGUUAUUAAACACCAUUUUCAACUCACGUACCCAAAUCUCAGUGCUAGAGAUUGGCCCGGGGCCGAAGACUAUACUCGGAUAUCUUCCUGGCCAUUUGAGACAGAAAAUCAAGAGAUAUACCGCUUUUGAGCCUAACGUUCUUUUCGCCACUAUGGUGGAAAAAUGGCUGUGCUCUGGCCUGCAAGUGGAGCAGCAGUUCCCUUGUUUGGAGAACCCUCCCACCAUCCAUCCAGUGCCAUUUGUCCUGAAUAGCGACAGCGAGACGGAAACAGCUCGUGGUGUUCAUGGAAACGACGAGAAAUACGAUUUAAUCCUGUUCUGCCACAGCAUAUAUGGCCUGAAGCCCAAAAGCAGGGUCAUCGAGCGAGCUCUGGAAAUGCUUGUCGAGCAGCCUGAGGGUAUGGUGGUAGUUUUUCAUCGAGAUGAAUACUUAGACUUUGACAAAUUAGUAUGUCAUCAAGCAGCUUCUUUCCCUACUGGAGAGCUUUGUGUUACAAAUGAAGAUGAUACACUGGAUACUUUUGCAGCUUUUGUCGCAGGAUUUGAAUUGCAAGGUCCAGAGGUAGAUGAAGUUUUACAAGAGUGGCGCAAAACAUGCCGUACCCUCGGUCGAUGUACGGAAGACAAGCCAAACCAUCUUUUCUUCAGUUCACCCAACCUGAUGGUGGUCUUCACCAAACAUUCGACCGGCCUAUCAAAACUGACAGCUCAUGUGCCAUUCUUGGAAGGGGAUAUAGCAGUUAAAAAUCGGGACGCUCGCCUUCAUCGUCCCGCACUGAUUGUUAGGCCGACAGAGAUCCGACAAAUCCAGCAUUGCGUCCAGUGGGCUAUCCAGCAUAAGACUGGACUGACUAUUGUCGGCGGCGGCCACAGUGGUCACUGCUUAUGGCCUAAUAUCGUUGCGAUUGACAUGGGGGCUUUCAACAAAGUACAUAUCUCUCGGAGUGGGAAUGGGAAUGGAGAAUCCAGUCUUGAUGCUGAUUCCCUGAUCGUUGCAGAAGCGGGCUGCAAGACAGGGGAUAUCAUUCAUAAAACCAUGGCAGCUGGCAUGACAUUGCCACUAGGUGCCCGCCCAAGUGUAGGCGCAGGUCUUUGGCUACAAGGCGGUAUUGGGCAUCUGACUAGGUUAUACGGGCUCACAUGCGACGCUAUCGUCGGUGCUGUGGUCGUCAGUGUGAAGUCUGCUCAGGUGGUUUGUAUUGGCCAUGUCCCAAGUCAACAUUGGCCAACCGGAGCUGUCCGCCCAGAAAAUGAAAGAGAUCUCCUAUGGGCGUUAAAGGGUGCUGGAACUAACAUUGGCAUAAUAAUUAGUGUCAUCUUCGAGGCAUUUGCUUCCCCGACUUACUUGGUUCGUAAAUGGGCUGUCCCGCUGACUGACGGUCAAGAUGCGCAGUUCAAGAUCAGCAACUUUGAGAAGACCUUUGCACAGAAACUACCCCCAAAUUGUUCUGCAGAUGCAUAUUUAUACUGGGAAACCAGUCAGAUGUAUCUUGGCGUGACUGCGUUCGAAUCCUCAACACCUGGGUGCAGCUGGGGGUCCCUUACGUCUGCAGUCACUAUGGGCACACUGUUGGGACCGGAGAAUAGUGUAGAAUGUAUGGAUGCUGUGGAUUUGUUUGAGGCUGAGAUGUACAUGUCUGAGAUGCAUGGUGGGCACGGCCGCAACAAGCAUUCUUCGUUCAAGCGAUGUCUAUUCUUGGAAAGCAUUGGGGCGCAAAAUAUCACGGAAAUACUGGUGGAAGCCAUUAGGACCCGGCCAUCACCAUUUUGCUACGUCCAUUUGCUACACGGUGGUGGGGCAGCGCGUAAUGUGGCAGCCGACGCCACUGCUUUUGGCUGUCGAGAUUGGAAUUAUGCCUGUAUUGUGACUGGUAUGUGGCCUCGCGACCAGGAUGGCACCAAGAUGGUUCAAGAAGUGGUGCAGUGGGUAUACCGUGUCGUUGAGUGCUUGUUACCCUCAAGUUGUGGAGUUUAUGGUGCAGACCUGGGACCAGAUCCGAGAGAUGUGACAUUGUCUGCCAACGCUUUUGGGCCAAAUCGGCAGCGUCUGGCGCACCUGAAGCAUAAAAUGGACCCUUUCAACGUAUUGAAUUACACUUGCCCAUUGCCAAAAGCGUCGAUAGCGCAGAAGCUAAUUAUCCUAGUCACUGGUGAAAGCUGCGCUGGGAAAGACUACUGCGCCAGUGCCUGGGCUUCUGUGUUUACCACAAACACGCAGAAACGCCUUAAGGCGCGCGCAAUUAGUAUUAGCGAUGUGACUAAGCGAGAAUAUUCCGCCGCUACUGGGGCUGACUUGAAGCGUUUACUUUGGGAUCGUGCAUACAAAGAGCAGCAUCGAUCGGCUUUAACAGUCUUCUUCCAAAGCCAAGUUCUGCGACAACCUCAACUUCCAGAAAAGCACUUCCUAGAUGCAGUAUAUGAUACAGCGGAUGCUGAUGUGCUUCUAAUCACAGGGAUGAGGGAAGAAGCUCCGGUGGCAAGCUUGUCGCAUUUGGUGCCUACCAGCAGACUACUCGAAGUCCAUGUCAGAGCUACUGAUAGGGUCCGGCAAUUUCGCCAAAUGAGCACUGGUUAUGAUACUAACGUUAGUAGCAAAGCCUUGUCAAAAAUGGCAGCCCUGAAUUACCAUCCAAACUUGAUAUUCGACAAUAACUCCACUGGGGACAAGGCAGCAAACAGAUUUGCUGAGAACUGCUUACUUCCAUUCCUUCACGACGACCUUCAACGACUCUCCAACAUGGUGGGAAAAGUACCCAAGUUUCCACGCGCAAACAUCGAGUUUCGCCAUGUACUCAACAUCUCGCAGCAGCCAGAUGGACUGGCCCUGUGCACAUCCUUACUGCAAUCUCACUUCAACGGUGACUGGGCGAAGGUUAAUAUGAUAGUGUGCUGCGAGGCUGGCGGCUUCGUCUAUGCUUCAGCACUCGCCCUGCAAGUUGGAGUACCUUUGGCGCUGAUUCGUGAAGCGGGAAAGCUUCCCCCUCCCACCAUUUCCGUCGUCAAGUGUACGUCGCACAUUUCUUCUUCUGAAUCGGCACCUGAGACUUCCAAACCGAAAGAGAUUGAGAUAGGCUUGAAUGUGAUCCCUAGACAGGCAUCAGUGGUUGUCAUAGACGACGUGCUUGCUACGGGGAACACACUUUCCGCAGUUCUACGGCUACUAGAUAAAGCUGAUAUUUGUACCAACGAUAUCAAAGCUAUGGUUGUUGCCGAGUUUCCUAUCCAUCGUGGUCGGGAACUGUUAUGCCAGCGGAGAUAUGAGAAGAAACUUCAAGCUGCUCGAGAUCUUAAUUUUCUUCAAGAGAUAAGCAGAUUAACAAUGUACGGCUUUACUACUAAUAAGUCCUUGAUGGCAUCGUGUGUACGUGACCUGAUAGCUGCAUUUUACAUUGAUUUACUAGAGGGUUGGAAGUGGCUCACCAUGUCCCUUGAGGUGAGUUUCUGGGGAUCCGCUGCCAAGGGAGCUAUGGUGUUAUUGAAGACUGAUAGGGUUCGUGAAACGACUCGAUCUCUCCUGAUAGAGAAUCUGUAA